AUGACGAGUCUCCUGUACCUCUUCCGGAUGAGGUUUGCACCAGAUGCAACCCCGAAGAAGAGAACAUGUCCUUGGCUACGCAACCAAAUCCUAUCUGUGGCGGGCAUCACUUGGCGUGGUCUUUUUGCGCAUCCAAAAGCUAUUCUUUUGGCUAGCAGCCUCAUUUUGAAAGCCAUAAUAUGCUUGAAGGAUAUCAGAGACCCUGAAAAUGUUAACAUUCUCGUUGAGACAAAGCCGAUUCCUCUGGGAAAAGUUCAUUAUAACGUUUCAUCCCGCGUUGAGGCUGAUGUCGAGACUGACAUUAAGAAUGAGGAUCAAUCAACCGAAGCAGUGAAUGAGGCGGAAGAUACAUAUAUCAAAUGCAGUGAUGUCUCUUUUGUGACUAACGAGUAUGACGACGAUAGUUGGCUUGGAGCAAAGCAGCCAACCUUAGAACCUGUGAAAUCCACUCCCAAAUACAAGUCAAAGUUCAUGCCUGCAGGAUUACAAGACGAAGGCUGUCCUGAUACGUCAAUGGAUGGUCCAAUUCCGACUGAAUAUAACCCAGAGAGAGCCGAGAGAACUAUUAAGGAGACCCCGACUGUGGACAGCGAGUACCAAGACAACAAAUGUGCCUCAGAUCAAGAACAGUCAUCCAACAAAUCAGGAUACACCUCUGGCUCUGAAUGCGACACUACUGCAGGUCAUAGUACUCAGUCAGUCAAAUCCUAUCUGCCUCUAUCUGAAGCCAUGCUUACCGCCUUCACCUUCUACACCAAAAAAGUAGAGGGCUAUCACUACGACAUCCCCCAGGGACCAUAUCCAUACAUGACAGACCCAAAUCAUCAAGCGCCCGAGCUCACCGUCCGAGACAGAGAAGGCUUAGGAAUGUACUGUCCAGAUGGCUGCGCGGAUUGCGAGGUGUUCCCAAACGAGAUCAUGAAGUCCAAACGGGGUGUUGACCGCUGGUUCGAAAAGUUCUUCACAUGGGAUGAUUUGCAUGAUGCCAUGUGCAUUUAUCCCCAACAACAACAAGAAGAAGAGCAAAGAGACGUAUGUUCCGAGCAAGAGUUCUCUGGUAUUGAGUAUAGUGAUGAAUGUACGGGUGAAAAUGACGACAAUAUUGAUUUCCUGUACGGCGCAACUGAGAGUGACGAGUUUCCCUGGUUGAAAGCAUUGCACACUGCCAAUGUGUCUUCAGUCAUGAAGUCAACAGAUGUUGUUACAUGGAAUAUGAUGCGCGGAGAGGCGUUCACCUCGAGUCUGUUCCCCUAUUUUCAUGGGAUAAAAUACAACGUCAUUGUGGCAGAGUACGAGCCCAGGUAUUUGCCAAAUGUUGUGUUUUCCCAGGACAAUCGCUGCAUCUCGGUUCGGUAUGAACGGGACCGCUGUCGGCUAAGUCCGCCUGUAUGGGAGGCUCGCGGAGGUAUUGCACCAGGUCACGCAGAGGAAGAGCGUUUGGAGUACGCUAGGAGGGAGUAUCGAAGACAGUGGAUCAUGUAUCGAGGGCAAGACAAUGCGCGAAGACGGUAUGUAGAAGCGGUGCUAAGAGAUGCUUCCCAGGAGUUUGCCAGUAUCAAAUCAUAG